AUGCUUCGUAGAGUUGAUCCUACGAAUCCAGUUCUAGUGGCUUAUCUCACCACCAUCAAUCCUUCGAUUGGAACUGGAGUGUUGUUGUCAAAAGAUGCUAGUGGUCCUUCAAAGAAGAGUAAGGCAUCUAAGAAAGGCGUAAAGGCUAGUCCUUCGAAGCCAAGUAUAGAGCCUGUUGUAAAUGUUUUUGCUAGUUCUCCAAAGAAAGUUGUUAUGCCAAUUGUCGAUGAAUUUUCUAAUCCAUCAAAGGAAGUUAUGCCUUUGAAGUCUGGGGUUCUCAAACGUUUGAAGAAAAUGGCUCACAAGCCAAGUGGUAAAGAUGCUAAGUCGAAGAAUAUUCGCAAGCCCCAGCUGAAUAGCAAAGUUGUGGUUAUUCGUGAACUUCCUACUCUUGUGUCUCCUUCAUCUAAAAAGUGA